AUGUCUCUUGAUCAUCAACUGAGUGACUCAUCACCACAAGCCGGUGAUUACAUCUUUGACAUUGUAGUAGAGAAGGGACGUAAUCUACCCAAAGCUGAUGUAGCUCAGCGUAUUGAUGGGUUUGUUGUCCUUUCAUUUUCUGUGAGUCAAAAAUGCAAAAAGAAUGGCGGUGAACUCUCAGAUGAAGAGGACCAAAAGAAGACUUAUGUAAUGAGCACAAGACAAAGGUCUUGUCAAACUAAAGCCAUUCUCAAUACUUAUAACCCCGUCUGGGACUCCCGCUUCCUUUUACACCACUUAGCCACCGGAGAUAUCACUAUCGAGUUGUUCGAUUGGGACCGAGUCAGCGCAAAUGAUUUCAUUGGUGACAAAAAGGUGAAUGUCGUCGACUUGGCGUCCGGUUUUAUUAACUUUCCAGUCCCUUUAGACUUGCAAGAGGAGUAUCUGGAGCAACGCGUCGACAACCAACAACCCACGGAAAUCUACUUCUCCUUCGGGAAGAUCUUAACCUUCGACUAUGUCGUCAAAACAGUCGAAGAAGACACUAAGAAGUUUGCGGGGAUCAUUGAUCGACCUAAAAACCGCACUACAAUGAAGCCCAUGAAAGGCCCUCUUCUGCAAGAUCAUUCCGACAAUCACAAAAUGAAAGGUGACAAGAUUGCCAAGAUUGAAAAGAUCGAAAAGGCGGAGAAAGUGGAAAAAAAAGAGAAACCUGAGAAAUCCGAAAAAACUGACGAAGAAAAAACGAAAGACGAAAAAAUUGAAGCCGAGAUUGCCGAAGAAGAUGAGAAUGAGUUUUACAUUCAUCACAAAGAGAAAGAGAUUGUGCGCUCCUUAAAAAGUGUUGGAAUAGAAGGGGCGUAUUUUGGGAUUAAAUAUAAUGAGAACAACACUGUUGACUUUACUGUGAUGUCUCGAGACAAGAAUUGUGUUUUAUACAUAUCGAGUGAGGAAGGCUUUAAUAAAAAGUUCUUAGUGACGGUCACCCGUGACGACGAGUAUUUUUCAGUUCUUGGGAAGAAAGUGAAGUACUCGUUUGUGAUGGCGAAAGUUCCGCUGUGUAACCCCCUCUCAUUCUUCUCGCUAAGGAAGUUGAAAGAGGCGGAAGUUCUGACUUUGGAUCAAAUAACGACGAAACGUGGGUGGAAAGGGAAGAUGUCAUAUUAUCAAGCCACGUUGACAUUACAAGACAGUUUCUUUAUUGAUAUGGAUGAACGCAUUUUGAUGAAUGAAAAGGACUUUAUAUUGGGGGUUAAAGAUCAUGUGAAAACGUCCGAAUUAGUUAUUUACCCAAAACAGAGUUCAAAGAUUUGGAUGGGGCUCUUCGACCAUCAAACACCAAAUGAAAUUUUAAUGUUCGAUAAAAAUAGAAAGUUCGACGAAAUUGAAGAUACAAUCACUUCAAAAAUUUUUGUCCAAAAGGAAUUCCCUGUUAUUCAUAAGGACGUCACUCUCAGACUCUUCGAUGAAGACCCGUCUUUUGAAAGCAUCUUUUUGGUCGAUUUAAUCCCUUUCUUGGUCUAA